CGUAACAACCCAGAGGCGAGGACACCAGUGGUCCGUUGGCGCCGGCGAUCCAAGGCCAAUCGCUCCCUCGCUCGCAUUAUCUUCCUUGUCGCCUCCGCCCAUCCCCCACCCACACGCCUGAGUCCUCCUCUCCGGCCCCCGAUCUCGCGGCUUCCUCGGCGAUGGCGGCUCCUGUGGUGGACGCGGAGUACCUGCGCCAGGUCGACAAGGCGCGCCGCGCCCUCCGCGCCCUCAUCUCCUCCAAAGGAUGCGCCCCCAUCAUGCUCCGCCUCGCAUGGCAUGAUGCUGGAACUUAUGAUGUGAACACAAAAACUGGUGGCGCAAAUGGUUCGAUUAGAUACGAGGAAGAGUACACCCAUGGUUCAAAUGCUGGUUUAAAAAUUGCUAUCGAUCUCCUCGAGCCUAUCAAAGCUAAGAAUCCAAGGAUAACAUACGCAGACCUUUAUCAGCUUGCUGGAGUGGUUGCAGUUGAAGUGACCGGGGGCCCAACCGUUGAGUUUGUUCCUGGCAGACGUGAUUCGUCAGUGUGCCCCCGCGAAGGGCGUCUACCGGAUGCUAAGAAAGGUGCACCACAUCUAAGGGACAUCUUCUACCGGAUGGGCCUAACAGACAAAGAUAUUAUAGCUCUAUCUGGGGGCCACACUCUGGGAAGGGCUCAUCCUGAGAGGUCUGGAUUCGAAGGUGCCUGGACAAAGGAGCCUCUUAAGUUUGAUAACUCCUACUUUCUUGAGCUGUUGAAGGGGGAAUCUGAGGGGCUUUUACAGCUCCCUACUGACAAGGCACUAUUGUCAGAUCCUGAAUUUAGGUACUAUGUGGAGCUUUAUGCAAAGGAUGAAGAUGUCUUCUUCAAAGACUAUGCUGAAUCACACAAGAAACUCUCUGAGCUUGGCUUCACUCCCCGUAGCAGUGGUGCAGCAUCCACUAAAUCAGAUCUUCCAACUGCUGCUGUACUUGCACAGAGUGCUUUUGGGGUAGCCGUUGCUGCAGCCGUAGUCAUUGUGGGCUACUUGUACGAGGCUUCCAAGAAGAGCAAGUAAAUUGCUAAGUUCUUGAUCGCAUGGCUUCACUUAGUAUCAAGUGAAAUAACAGAAUCCUAGUAAUGAGGUCCAGCAGCGUUAUCUCAAAAUACUUGAAAAUUCUUACGGACAUUCCCUUCAUGUUUACACCGUACUCAUGAGUCAUGAAUAUUUCAAUGACAACUAUAUGGAGAUGGAUAGCCUAUUGUUGAAACCA